CAUACACACACAUGCUCGCGCGUCAUCCCGUAUCACCAGGAACUCUGCACAGCACUUUAUGCUGCUGUUAUUGAUAUUUGCAAAACGCACGGAGACCAGACGGGGAAGUAGAAGAGCGCACAGGUGGAGCGUCUUUUUUUUUUAACCCAGUGCUUAAUUUAUAGACUGCGGAGCAAAGAUGGACACAAUGACAGCAAACGGCAUCAUCAGUAUUUUUUGACUCCCACUUUACUCUUUUUCUAUUUCUGUCAUAUAUAUAUUUAUAUUUUUUUUACGCGUUCGCUCUGCGACAGCUCCCCAAGGAACACCUGGGAUGGGAAAACUUUGCCACCUCUGGACUCUGGAUAAUAAAAAGUACCGGGAAAGAAUGAAGUAACUGCUAUGGAGCCGGACAAUGCCCCGAACUCCAAACUCAAAGCCGGUGGAGUCGGGGGGAGAUCGCUGAUUCUUUGGACUAUACUGUGUUGCAUCUGUUCUAUCAGGCUAACAGAAGCACAAGAUGUGGAUAUCCUGCAGCAGCUUGGGCUUUUCGGGCGAAGGACGUCUCCAGCAGGCGCUCGCUCCAUACCCACUGGCGUCAUCCCCUUCAAGUCGGGCGUCAUCCUCACUCCGAGGACGCGCCUCCAGGUGCCUCUCCGUACCAUCAUCCCUGCCCACUACAACGCCACCAGCCUCCUCCUGAUCCUCAGCCUCUCUGUUCACCGCUUCAACAGCGCCUUCCUUUUCUCCGUUCUGUCUAAGAGAAAGAAGGUGCAGCUCGGGGUGCAGUUCACACCGGGGAACGUUCUGGUGCACGUGGGACACAAGAGCUCUGCGAGUUUUGACUACAACGUCUAUGACGGCCGGUGGCAUGAUUUUGCCGUGGAUAUUCGAGGCCGUCGUGUGUUUUUGCACACAGCCUGCGGUACGAAAAGCUUGCAUGCUCAUUUGUCCUCCAAAAAAGGCGGGACCCUGGAUCCAGAGGGCUCCUUCCUGCUGGGCAAAAUGAACCACAACUCAGUGGCAUUUGAAGGUGCAAUCUGUCAAUUUGACAUUUAUCCCUCGGCCGAGGCAGCUCAUAACUAUUGCGAUUACAUUAAGAAACACUGCAGAGAAGCCGACACGUUUCGGCCUGUGUUUCCAUCCAUGCUACCUCUAAUUUCAGGCCCAGUUGUUACUUUCACUGAUAGAACGUUGCUGUCCCUGACAGAGAGAUCCAAAAAGGCAGAGGAGCCAUCGUCAGUUCCGAGGACUACAAUAAUUCCUCCAGCUGACCAGUUGCUAAUGCUGAACAAGACGUCUUUAGCUGCGGAAUACGCUGCAGCGCCUGUUUCUCCACUAGUUACUGCAGGAUUGGAAAACCCUCCCAGAUUUUCAGCCUCAACUGUUACUACAUCUCUUCAGAUCAUGAAUCCGCCAGAUUCAAAACACAACAGACGAAACACAAUGCAGAGGGAUAGUGAGUCUGGGGAAGUUUUACCUGUACCCGUUUCCAUCGGACCAUCAGCAACGAAGCCAAGCCUCAGGGACACGGUUGUUCCCACACAGGGGUCUCCUUCUAACACCUACGUUCCCCAUGAAAAGGAGCUGACCACAGAAGCUGCGAAGAAACCUGAGCCAGAAGUGAUCGGUGAUUUCAAACCAACCGCGCUCCCCGCAGUGACUCCCGCUGCGACAGACGGCGUUCAGACAUUUGACCUGGAGCCGACCCAGUUCUCGCUGCUCGCUGGACCACCUGGGCUAAAGGGAGAACCAGGACCACCGGGUCCCCAAGGAUUUCCAGGCCUGUCAGGAAAACCGGGAAAAAGGGGCCCCAGAGGUCCUCCUGGUCCUCAUGGAAAUCCUGGUCGUCCCGGACCACCCGGCGUGAAGGGACAAAAAGGAGAUCCUGGACUGUCACAUGGUCAAGCCCCGAAAGGACAAAAAGGAGACCUCGGUACAUUUGGCCCACCUGGACCACCAGGCCAAAAUGGACGAAAGGGACUAAAAGGCUAUUCUGGUCCUUCCGGUCUUCCAGGCGAACCUGGUGAGCAGGGAGAUGAUGGAAGCCCCGGGGCCAAAGGCUAUCCUGGCAGGCAGGGUUUUCCUGGCCCGGUAGGAAGAACAGGACCGAAAGGUGUCAGUGGUCACAUUGGCAUCCCAGGGCUUUUUGGCUUUCCUGGUCCCGAUGGGGAGCGAGGAAUUCCUGGUGUGCAUGGGAAGAAGGGCAAGAUGGGUAGGCCGGGCUUUCCAGGUGACCUUGGAGAACGGGGACCUCCUGGACCUGAUGGGAACCCAGGUGAGCUGGGAGCUCCUGGUCCAGGUGGAGUCAAUGGCCUUAUUGGAGACAUGGGGCCGGGUGGCAUGAUGGGUUUACCAGGACUUCCAGGACUCAAGGGAGUACCUGGAAAUUCAGGGGAUGCAGGACUGAAAGGUGAUAAGGGUGAUGUUGGCUUCAGCGGAGAACAGGGAGAGAGUGGAUUCCAAGGGGACAAGGGCAGCCGAGGCUCUCCUGGGUUACCUGGUCCUCGUGGAAAACCUGGACCGCAGGGAAAACCUGGAGAAAAAGGCCCUGAUGGCAUGCCUGGUCCACUUGGCCCAGAGGGCUUCCCAGGUGAUAUUGGCCCCCCAGGACAAAAUGGGCCUGAGGGACCAAAGGGAAAGCAAGGGACAGGAGGUUCGCCAGGUCCAGCAGGAACACCUGGACUUCAGGGUGAUGAGGGACCAGUUGGGCCAGCUGGACCAGCUGGAGACGAGGGCAAGCCUGGGAGACAGGGAAUCCCUGGACUGACAGGCUCAGAUGGACCCAAGGGCGAGGUGGGGAUAACCGGCGAGGUCGGCAAGCUUGGCGAGAGGGGACUGCUGGGCUUUAUCGGGCCUGUUGGAGAGACAGGAAUGGCUGGAGAAAAGGGGGAUCGUGGGACAACGGGUUUCCCCGGACCUCCAGGUGAACAUGGGCCGAUGGGCCACUCUGGAAUACCUGGAGAGAGAGGACUGCCGGGACUGGAGGGGAUUCCAGGGCCACCGGGUUCACGAGGGUCUGCUGGCAUCCGAGGGCCCAAAGGCAGGAGGGGUCCAAGGGGUCCUGAUGGUCCACUAGGGGCGAAGGGGUCAACAGGGGUCAAGGGGCCUGAUGGUCCACCGGGAAAAUUGGGCUUCCCCGGGGAGACGGGGAGGUUUGGUGAGCCGGGCGAAGCUGGGCCGAAGGGAUUUCCAGGUGUUCUAGGGCCCUCAGGACCUCCUGGAGCCAAAGGAACUACGGGAGAACCAGGACCAUCAGGGCCAAUGGGAAGGAUUGGACCACUGGGGGCGACUGGACUGAUGGGACCCGCUGGAAAUGCUGGAGAAAAAGGGCUGCCGGGUGAACCUGGAGAGAAGGGUUCUGUUGGUGCACCUGGCGGCGUUGGGGAGCAGGGCUUGAUUGGCCAGAGGGGUGAGACAGGCAUUGACGGGGAGGCUGGACCAAGUGGACGUUGUGGAACCAAGGGUGAAAAAGGAGAUGCGGGUCCAGAUGGUGCCGUUGGGGACAGAGGUGAAAUUGGCCUGAAAGGAAAGGAAGGCCAGCCUGGUCCUGCUGGACUUGUCGGGGUCGGGGGGCAGGAGGGCAAACCCGGCAAAAUUGGGGAAAGAGGAAAGCCAGGAGAAAAGGGGAGCAAAGGUCAGCGAGGCCAUUUAGGGGAGAGUGGACCAAUUGGUGAGCAGGGAGAGCCCGGAUUUAUCGGACAGAAGGGGACGAGAGGAACAACUGGCUAUGUGGGUGCUCCUGGACAAAUGGGCCAACCAGGUGAUUCAGGGUUAGCAGGUUAUGAGGGUUACGUGGGACCACCGGGACCCCAUGGACGGCCUGGACCAAAAGGUGAAAAGGGUGAACAGGGAGAUGACAGCAAGACAGAGGGCCUUCCAGGUCCCCAAGGUGACAGAGGUCCUUCUGGAGACAGAGGAGAGCGGGGAGAGCCAGGUGACCCAGGGCACAUAGGUCAAAUAGGCAUAAAUGGGCCAAGAGGUGAAGCUGGUGCCCCAGGCCUUCCUGGACAGCUUAGUCUAAAGGGACAACCAGGGCUGAAAGGAUCCAAAGGCGAUCAGGGUCCAAAAGGAAAACCAGGGGUGGCAGGUGCAUCUGGGAACAGAGGACCACCAGGUCCACCGGGGCCAUCUGGCCCACAUGGGGUCCUGGGCAGGGAGGGACCAGAGGGCCCAGCUGGAAUGGAUGCCUUACCCGGUAAAGAUGGAAGCAAAGGAGUCAAGGGGCAUCAAGGAGAAGAUGGAGAAGCUGGUUUACCUGGAAGAACUGGGUUGCAGGGCGGAAAGGGGCUGACAGGACUUCCAGGAAGCCAGGGCUCCUUUGGUUUAAAGGGGGAGAGGGGUCUGCCAGGCCAGGUGGGUCCAGCGGGGAAGAGGGGUCCUGUAGGUGUGAUGGGAUUCCCAGGAACCCCAGGAGACCUGGGAACUAAAGGCCAACCAGGGGAUAGUGGUGACCAGGGUUUCCCAGGAGUACUGGGCAUGUUUGGACCAAAGGGCCCCCCAGGGGACACUGGCCCUGCAGGAAUACAGGGACCGAAAGGGCCGCGAGGAUUAAUAGGUGCUGUGGGAGCCUUGGGUCCCCUUGGCAUCAUUGGGCCCAGCGGUCAUCCAGGACCCCAGGGUGACAAAGGAAGUCGCGGGGAGACGGGGUCACAAGGGCCAAAUGGAUCUCCUGGUCCUCGAGGACCACCUGGGCCACCAGGCCUUCCAAGUUCUGAGCUUUUACAAGGAAAUGAAGCCCUCGGUGCUGCUUUGGAUGUUAUCAUGGAUUCACGCACUCUUCCACAGCAAGAGAAUUAUCAAAGCAUGGAAAUGCCCAUGUUAGACCAAGGCACAGAGAUCUUGAAGACACUUCAGCACCUCAGCACGCUGAUCCACAGCCUGAGGAACCCGCUGGGAACCCGACACAACCCGGCUCGAACCUGCCUAGACCUGUAUAACUGUGAGCAGCAGAUGUACGACGGAUCUUACUGGAUUGAUCCAAACCUCGGCUGCAGCGCAGACAGCAUUGAAGUGAUGUGUAACUUCAGUGGUGGAGGGCAAACGUGCCUGAAACCUAUCACGGUUUCAAAGUUGGAAAUCGGAGUGGGUCGCAUCCAGAUGAAUUUCAUCCACCUACUGAGCACCGAGGCUGUGCAGCACAUUAUCAUUCACUGCCUCAACGCCUCUGUGUGGGCCGCAGGUCCCACCAAGCAACCUUCAUCUGACUCUGUAAGUUUCAAGGCCUGGUCCGGGGAGAAGAUCCAGCCUGGAGACCUUCUGGAGCCGCUGAUACCCAAGGACGAUUGCUGGAUCAAAGACGGACGCUGGCAUCAGACCCACUUCAUCUUCCAGAGCCAGGACCCAACUUUGCUUCCCAUUGUAGAUGUGCACAAUUUACCAACCACAGAGCCCAGUGCACGAUUUCACCUUGAGGUCGGAGCUGUGUGCUUCUUGUAGGACCUACUCAGAAUACUUCUGAACGGAACGACUGCAUCAAAGAUUUGAAACGGAGAACGAACAUCAAUAAUUUUGUAGUUUCCAUAACAAAAAAACCCCUCCAUUCUCCCAAUAAAAAAAUGCUUGGACUGCAAAAUAACAAAAGUAGAAACAACAGCAGAGGCGCCACAAAAAAGACAGCUCAUUGAGCUUGCAGAGAUAAGACUUACAGCCCUUGUCAGGCAACUGAAAAAGAGACUUGUUUGUGUGAUACAAGAGCUGCCUGCCUCCUUUGGAAAAGUUAAGAGAACAUCUUAAACUUUUCAUUUCUGAGACUCUGUUGUAUAUUUUUAUUCAUGGUCUGAAAAAAAUCCAGCUCUGCAAAAUGUGUAUAGAAAUAUGGAAAUGAUACAUUUUGAAAUGAAGUAUUAUUUAAAGUUGUAAACGUACUGUAUAUUGUGCUUUGAAGGGCCGCUGUUAUAUUUUGCGGCCUGUAGGGAUAUACAGUCAUAUGACCCAUUCAGGUAUGCAGCGUUACCCCUGGUGUUUCUGUUUGAGCCUCAGUGAACAGCUCGGCGAUGAGUGUCUGUGCAGAUAUCCUCACACAGGCAAGUGUUGUGUGGCACUUUCAGCGCAAACGUGGAGCAAAGAUGUCAACAAUGCUACCUCGCUCUGCACCUCUCAUCUCAAGGCAAACUGAAGCCGUGACCUGAUCUAAUCUGGGACGACAAAGAGGUGACACCUGGUGCUCUGGCGGUUGACAGUCUGGGGAUAAAGUCUUGUCAGCUCUCAUCCAAGCUAUCUCUGUACUUUAAAAAGGGAAGAAUGUAAAAUACACACACACACACACACACACACACGCCUAUUUUCUUGAAGUAUCAUUUCAACAGUUUCAAAAUUAUUUUUAUGAUUCUAACACUAUAGGGUUUUCUUGUCAAACUGUACAUUUAUCUCUAACCGUAUAAUGUUGGUGAUUUCUAUUUAAAACUUAUUUAAAUACUCAUUAGCUCUCCACCUCAGAAGCAGAUACCAGCGCUUUCACGGUUAUUUAUAAUACAACAAACAUGAUUGGUUUCACCAAUCUGUAAACUCAGAGGACUUGGAACAUGACAGAACAAAAUGUAAAUCUCAGUGUUUGGUGUGUGAACAAUCUUUUAUAUGUGGAAUAAACUCGGCAUCACUCCACAGGUUAUUCAAUAAAAGUCCCGGUCUCUGUUUAUAAGCAACUUUCAUAUUCAAAAGGACACAUUUUAUGAACAGAUAAAAUACACCUCUGCUUUUUACCCUAUAAUACAUAAUAAAACUGUGACUGUGCUUGGGAAUCUGUAGAUCAGAAACCAUUAGAAUGUCGUUGCCAAUGUCUGAACCAAUUUUAGACAAUUCUGAUUUUUCUUUAAGAACCAUGAUAAUAGGAUUAAGUCCAGGAUUUAAAAUAUUUUUUCUUCCACUUUAUUUUACUCAACCUUCCUGUUAUCUGCUGAAAUCUUGCUCUCUCUCAUUCUUCUUAAAUAGCUUAGCAAAUCUCGGUUUCCUUUUCCUACAGUAAAAACAUUUACUCUGCACUGCAGAGUGCCUUUAUCAGUUUGACCGGUUGAUGCUCAUUUACCGAUAUGAAAAGGUCUGAUUUUGAGGUUUCCAACCAGUCGGCCACUGGUCAGGACCAAUAAAGCAAAAUCAAAAAUAAAUAAAUAAAUCACCUGAUUCUAGACAACAAAUUUCUCUGUGCAUCUGCUGGCAGGCAAACACUAAUGUAGUAUCAGCCAAAAACAAUAAUUUGAGUCAUUUUAAAUAUAAGAAAAUAACUUCUCGAUAUUGAGCAACAUUUUCCUACAAAGCAAGAAGUUAUUACUGUAUUGGCUGAUUACAUUGUUGUGUUGUAUAUAAAUGAUUUAAAAAUAUAACUGUCACAAAC